CCUCUCUCUCUCUCUUACCGGAGGCCGAGCUGCGGCGCGUGGUGGUAGAGGGACAUCAAAGAGAGGCGCGUGCUGCUGCUCGGUCCGGUCCGCACGAGCGCCCCUGGACCGUGUGUGUGCGUGCGCGCGCGUGUGUGCAUAUAUAUAUAUAUAUGUGCGUGUGGUGUGGUUCGCGCGUGAACCGGCUGAUUCAGGGAGCGAGCAGGCCGAGCGCGAGAGGCAGGAACCGACAGGACCCGACCCGCGAGCUCAGCUACAAGCGACCGAUCCACCGGGAGACAUGGUCCCGUCCACACCGGGGAUCCUCCUCCUCCUCCUGCUCCUGUGUCUCCACAGCACCGACAACGUGCACGGUACGAAGACAGAAUGUGAGGCCAGCCAGUUUCAGUGUGGAAACGGUCGCUGCAUCCCGUCCAUCUGGCAGUGUGACGGAGACGAGGACUGCACCGACGGCAGCGACGAGGACUCCUGUGUUAAGAAGAUGUGUGAAGAGUUGGACUUCGUGUGUCAAAACGGCCAGUGUGUCCCGAAGAGGUGGCACUGUGACGGGGAGCCGGACUGCGAGGACGGGUCGGACGAGAGUCUGGAAAUCUGCCGUGAGUAG